AUGCAAACCAUCUCGAAAGCUUCUUCUGCUAUCUCCUUCUUCCGUUGCUCCAAGAGGCUAACAAGCCAGCCAUGUAUCGCUCCAUGUGUGAGACAGCUUAACAUCAGAAAGGGUCUUGUGUACAGAGCGAUGAAGCUGGUCUCUUCCCCUCUUAGGACUUUGCGUGGUGCUGGCAGAUCUAUCCGAGUCUCAAACUUCUGCAGUGUCUCCAGUGCCUCCUCACUGCAAAUUGAACUGGUGCCUUGUCUUAAGGACAACUAUGCUUAUAUAUUGCAUGACGAAGAUACUGGUACAGUUGGAGUGGUUGACCCUUCUGAAGCUGAACCUAUCAUGGAUUCGUUGCGGAAGAGUGGUCGAAAUCUGACAUAUAUAUUGAACACACAUCAUCACUAUGAUCACACUGGUGGGAAUUUGGAGUUAAAAGACAGGUACGGUGCAAAGGUGAUUGGCUCAGCUGGAGAUAGAGACCGGAUACCUGGAAUUGAUAUAGCCUUGAAAGAUGGUGACAAAUGGAUGUUUGCUGGUCAUGAAGUCCAUGUUAUGGAUACGCCUGGCCACACCAAAGGACAUAUCAGCUUAUACUUUCCAGGGUCACGAGCUAUCUUCACCGGGGACACCUUGUUUAGCUUAUCAUGUGGUAAACUCUUUGAAGGCAGUCCUAAGCAGAUGCUUGCUUCUCUCCAAAGGAUCUCAUCUUUACCAGAUGACACAAGCAUAUACUGUGGUCAUGAAUAUACACUGAGUAACGCCAAGUUUGCGUUGUCUACAGAGCCGAACAACGAGGUUCUCCAGUCUUAUGCAGCUCAUGUUGCAGAACUCCGUAGCAAAAAACUACCUACGAUUCCAACAACGCUGAAGAUGGAGAAAGCUUGUAACCCGUUCCUGCGCGUUUCGAAUCCAGAUAUUCGUCGGGUGUUAGGCAUUCCAGAGAGUGCAGAUACAGCAGAAGCUUUGGGGAUCAUUCGAAAAGCAAAGGAUGAUUUCAAAGCGUAG